UUUACACCGCUAUAAUAUGUGCCGAACUGCUUUUGAGUUAUUGCUAGAUGCUAUAGAAGAAAACAGACUAAUUACCUUAGGAUUGCCUAGAACUAAACAAGAAGUAUUAGAUUAUUUAGAAACCAGAAAGCAAAAUAUCGAACCAGAUUACCAAAUAAGUUUGGCACUUUCUCAUCAACUAGGAUUGGUUGAAGAGGAAUUAAUGAUAGCUAGACGAGUCAACAAUCAACAAGAUAAACUUAAUCAAAUCAACAGCCUAGUUUAUCCCAAUCAACCUUUUGAUUUCCAAACUUUCAGGGCUGAAAUCAAAAGAUUAAAAGUCCAGGAUUUAACUAGCCAAAUUCUCUUAAAGAAUCAAGAAUUAGAACAGUUAAUCAAUACUGCUAAGGAACAACUUACUAGAGCCGAAAAAUAUAUUUUAGAACAAUUAAUCCAAAAGCACUCUAAAAUUUUUCAAUCUAACGACAAUUCUGAUAAUGAGGGAUUGAAUGAACUUAGAGAGAUUUUAAGUGAAACAUUAAUCCAAGAAGAAUUACAAACUCUUUUAAAUAAGCAAAUUGAAAUAUUUACUUUAGAAAAGCAUCUAAAUGAUUUACAAACUGAAUAA